AAGCCCUCAGCGAGAAUGACCUAUCUGUGACUAAAAAUCUCAGAAAUCAUAACCCCUUCUCUGUCUCAUAUCACAUUAUUACUGCAACUACUACCCUUCACAUAUUUAUUAUUCUCCUUCAAACCUUCUUGAAAUACUCACAAAUCUAUACAAACCCUUUGAUUUAACAAAACCCCUUUUGCCCAUCAUCAAGAUUUGAUGGAACCUUUAACCCCAUCUCUUCAAAAUCUCAUCUUUUUCUUCACUCUUUAUUUUGCAAUUUACCUCACAGCCCACUUCAUAGUUUUCAGGAAGUGGAGCUCCAAGCUCCGACCCGAAGCUGCUUCUUGUUUGAUCUCAUAUGCCCAUGGCACUCCUGCUGUUUUCUUGGCCAUUGCAGCCAUUAUUUCUGAUCCAAAUCGUGGGUUUGCUUCAGUUAACACAUACUUUCAAACCCUAGUUUUGGAUUAUAGUGUUGCUUACUUCUUGAUGGACCUCACCCAUUACCUAAUUUUCUACCCAAGUGAUGUUCUUUUUAUAGCUCAUCAUUUGGCUACACUAUUUGUGUUUAUGACUUGUAGAUUCUUGGUGUUUCAUGGGGCUUAUGCAAUUUUGAUGCUACUUAUUAUUGCCGAAGUUACUAGCUUUUGUCAAAAUACUUGGACUUUGGCUUGUGCUAGGAAAGGCGAUUCGAAAUUCGCAUAUAAGGUGUUUGGUCUUCUGUCCCCUCCAUUUUAUGUGCUUUAUAGUGUUGUUAGAGGUUUUGUUGGACCUUGGUUUCUGUAUGAGAUGGGUAAAUUUUAUGCCAGUGGGGCUGCGUCGAAUGCGAUUCCUACAUGGGUUUGGGGUUCUUGGAUUUUGGUUGUUUUGAUGGCCAUUGUUGUUAGUAUCUUGUGGAUUAUGAAUCUUUGGGUAGAGUUGUAUAGAGAAAGAAAUGGGAAAUUAGAGAAGAAGGUUAGGUAGAAUAAUAUGAUUAGGGGCAUUGGUUCCCGUUAGUUGUAUACCCAUUGUUUGGGAAUUUAUCAGAAAUCAAAAUAUAUAUCAACUUCUUGUUUUAUCAA